GAUUCUGCGCAUGCCAAGUUUCACUUCCGUAAACAAAAUGGCGAGCUUGUUGAAGCUGUCAGCCGCUGCGGCUAAGAAAACGCUGGUACAGAAUGCAGUCACUCCAUCAGCAGUGGCAAGCCGUAACUUUUCAUUUAAAAUAUUUGGACAAAAUCAGACAGCUGACAAAUCAGCCAAGUCAGGAGAACAGCUGUCACGGGACUAUCCUGUGAUUGACCACACAUAUGACGCUGUCGUAGUGGGAGCUGGUGGGGCUGGUCUGAGGGCCGCUUUUGGCCUUGCCAAUGAGGGCUUUAAGACAGCAUGCAUCACAAAAUUGUUUCCCACACGUUCACACACCGUGGCCGCACAGGGUGGAAUCAAUGCGGCUCUUGGUCACAUGGAGGAAGAUGACUGGCGUUAUCACUUCUAUGACACAGUGAAGGGCUCAGACUGGCUGGGAGAUCAGGACGCCAUACACUACAUGUGUGAAGAGGCACCUAAAGCAGUCAUUGAGUUGGAGAACUAUGGCAUGCCAUUCAGUCGUCUUGAAAACGGAAAGAUUUACCAGCGAGCGUUUGGUGGUCAGAGUCUCAAAUACGGAAAGGGCGGACAGGCUCACAGAUGCUGUGCUGUAGCUGACAGGACAGGACACUCACUGCUGCAUACGCUCUAUGGCCGAUCCCUGAAGUAUGACACGCACUACUUCAUCGAGUAUUUCGCGCUGGACCUGAUUAUGGAAGAUGGGGAAUGUCGCGGAGUUACUGCCCUUUGUCUGGAAGACGGCACAAUCCACAGGUUCAAGUCCAAGAACACCAUCCUGGCCACUGGUGGAUACGGUCGUGCAUAUUUCUCGUGCACCUCCGCCCACACAUGCACGGGUGACGGGACUGCCAUGCUUGCACGUACUGGUCUGCCUAACGAAGACAUGGAGUUUGUUCAGUUUCACCCUACAGGUAUCUAUGGUGCUGGAUGUCUGAUCACUGAGGGUUGCCGAGGAGAGGGUGCUAUCCUUCUGAACUCGGAGGGUGAGCGUUACAUGGAGCGUUAUGCCCCCACAGCAAAGGACCUGGCAUCACGUGAUGUUGUCUCACGAUCAUCCACUAUUGAGAUCAGGGAGGGAAGAGGUUGUGGGCCAGAAAAGGACCACGUCUACCUCCAGUUGUCACACUUGCCGGCUGAGGUUUUGAAGACGCGACUCCCAGGCAUCUCGGAGACUGCCAUGAUCUUUGCAGGUGUGGAUGUUACCCGUGACCCCGUCCCCGUACUUCCCACAGUGCACUACAACAUGGGAGGCGUGCCCACAAACUACAAGGGACAGUGCAUCACAUAUGACCCCAAGACCAAGAAAGACAAGUUGAUUGGAGGUCUGUACGCCUGUGGAGAGGUUGCGUGUGCUUCUGUUCAUGGAGCAAACCGCCUUGGAGCAAAUUCACUCCUGGAUCUGGUUGUGUUCGGCCGCGCUUGUGCCAAUACGAUCAUCGAGGAGAACAAACCAGGGGAGGCUAUUGGACCCAUUAAACCAAAUGCUGGUGAGGAAUCUGUAGCCAACAUCGACAGAGUGCGUUUCGCUAACGGCUCAGUGCCAACAGCUGACUUGAGACUGCGUCUUCAGAAGGCCAUGCAGAAUCAUGCUGCUGUAUUCCGUGAUGGUCCCUCGCUGAAGGAAGGCGUCGACAAGAUUUAUGCUCUCAACGAGGAAAUGAAGGACCUCAAGGUUUCUGACAGAGGUAUGAUUUGGAACUCUGACCUAGUGGAAACCCUUGAGCUACAGAACCUCAUGGUCAACUCUGUACAGACCAUUGUAUCUGCUGAGGCUCGUAAGGAAAGCCGCGGAGCACACGCUCGUGAGGACUUCAAGACCCGCAUUGAUGAGAUCGAUUACAGUAAGCCAGCGGAAGGCCAGACAGUACUGCCUAUGGAGCGACACUGGAGGAAACACACAAUGGCAUUCUCUGACAGCAAUAACAAGACAACUCUUGAGUACCGCCCAGUAAUUGAUUCCACCCUGGAUGAGAAGGACUGUCCACAUGUGGCCCCUGCAGUCAGAUCUUACUAAGCCCCCCCCCCCCCCCUUAGAGAUGUUUUUGUAUGUAGAUGUCACCUUCAGUCAAGCGUCUAGAGUGAUUAGGGGUAUUGAACAACUCGACACUAUUUAGAUUCUCAGAACUAUAUAAAUUCCUGGAUUUGUGUGUAUUUCCUGUGGAAGUAUGACCACGAAACAAAGUUCACUGUAUUGUUUUGGAUGAGUGUUAUAAAAAAAAUAUUCUUGUUUUGUUAUUAACUGCCAUUCAGUCUUCUAGUUCUUUGGUGUAACAUUGUUCGCAUUUUGAUACAUGUUUAUUGCGGUAUGUGCUUAUACAUGUAGCUGGUAAAUCUGUCUUAGAUAGUUCAGUAUUGCUUUUGUAACUGAUGAGUAUGUCUUAGUUAUCAGGUUGUUUCUUUUACCUUGUAUAACAGGAAACCUUUGUCAAAUCAUGUAAAAUAUUAAAACUAUAGGUGAGUUUUCAAUUGUUGAACGAAAAAAACAAAAACACUUAGUCAAACAUAGAACCAAAAAUAAAUAACACAAUAAAAGUCGUCAAGAACCAGUUUGCUUGUUACUUAAUUAACAGGAUCUUUUCCUUGUGGUUUAGUACUGGAUAAUGAUUAUAAUUUAUGAUGUAUUUUUUGUUUUCCGUUUUAAAUAUAUUUCAGUGUAUACUUUGUACACAUUAAAUAAACAAAUACAUUUAUUGUA